AUACAUUGUAUUGUACUAUACGUCGCGAGGCGCUCAGCGCUUGCGCUGAGCACAUAUGCGACAUAUGAGGGGGGAUGGGGGGUGAGGGAGUGGUACAUAAUGCGAGGGGGGGUUGCUGCGAGGGCAGCGCAAAGCCUCCCCAUCAAUCAAUUGCUUGACAGGGAAAGGGGGAGCCCCUGCGAAGGGACGGCACGGGCUGGGAAGCGCGGGAUUCGCGCACCGCACGCACCGGGGAAAGAGGGGGAGGGGAGGCGUAAAGUGCAAGCCAGGGCACGGCGAGCGAUUUGCUCGCGCGCGCUCGGCACUCCUGCCGUCCCUGCUUGUGCAUCCCCUUCCUCUGCGCGUCCCCUCCCUUCGCGCCUCCCUUCGCGCCUCCCUUCGCGCCUCCCUUCGCGCCUCCCUUCCCCCCUCCCUUCCCCCCUCCCACGCGUCUCCCUCCCCCGCCCUCGCGCACCGCCUCAUGGAGCACGCAGCACUCAGCUUGCGCGAUUCCUCACCGCGGUAUCUCCCUCGGCGCCUCGUUGA